AUGGCUGAUGCAGCAAUAGCACGUCGAGAAGCACGUAGAAGAAAAAUAUUAGAGAAUUCUCAAAAUAGACUUCAACUUAUAUCAGGAAAAAAUGGCAAUGAACUUUGUAAAGAAUCUCUAAUCAAAGCGCCUAUUAUUGAAACAAAGUACGAAAAUUCCGUUCCAAGAGAGAGUAGCAGUACCAAAAAGUCUUCCUUUAACAACGGUGUGAUAACUACUGGAGAUGACCUAUUUAGUUUUAUAUCAACAAGUCACGAGAAUGUUGCUAUUGGAGAAGAUGUCACCGUCUCGAGUCAUGACUUGGCAGCUUUAACACCGCCUGCAUUUGACCCACCCCAGCAGUCAACGCCACUCUUGGAGAAAUUCGCUAAUACUACUAUGGCAGACUGUGAGGGACUCUUUGGUGUAGUUCAUUUUCUACUAUGUAUACACAAAAAAGGCAUUUUGAUGACUGACAAGUUUCUAUUU